UCCUUUGCACUUUGUUAUUAUGACAACAACAUAAGAUUUUUGCCAUGAUGGGAUUUCUAGAGGGACCACAGAAACGGAGUAAAUCAUGAAUCUUUUGGGAACUGCUGGAGCCAUCUUUCUGGUCAUUCUUAACAUAGUGGUUAUUAUUUUGGGUCUAGGACUAAUAAUCAUCGGAGCCUUGAUUUACAAAGAGUCUGGUCUAGUUAAUGAUGAUAUAUCGCCUGUUUUGAACGCCAUAACUGGUGGAGAUUUUACCUUAUCUGACCUCAUCAAAAUCAUCGCUAUUGCCAUCAUUGUCAUCGGAGUGUUUACUUUUCUGGUUUCGGCCGCUGGUAUCGUCGGAACAUGCGGAAAAUUCCGGCCAAUACUUGUAACUUAUGGAGUUAUAGUGUUCUUGUGUGGAAUAGGGGAAAUCUGGGUUCUUGCUGAGGUGGCAAAGUUGAAAAACAAACUCAACGAUACUAUCAAAGAAGAAUUACUAAAUGUGCUAUCUUAUUACAAAGGCUACAAUUUAGACAUCAUCUCCAUCGCAUGGAACCUCAUAUUUUACCUGUUUGAGUGUUGUGGAGUGAAUAAACAGUCUAGAGUGGAUGACUUUCAAUCAACAGCAUGGUCUAGAGGAAGUGACGUCAUUCCUGGAUAUUGUUGUAGGGAAGCAACCCUUCUCACGGCAGCUAAUUUGAAUGGAACUGCAUGUACAACAAAUCCUACAGCUCAGAAUGCUUACGUUGAGUCUGGUUGUUACGACUUUCUCAAUGACAGACUUACAGGCUACAGUGAUGGGGUGAUAUCUGUAGCCACGUUUAUCUUGGUCACAGAGGUGAUGGCAAUUAUUGCUUCCCUUAUUUUGUUUUGGCAAAUAACUGUGGAUGUGGACCGAAAACGGGGAGUUGAAAGAUCAAGAAGAGUCGCAGAUAUUUCACUCAGCCAGAGAGCAUACCAGAUUGGCAGCCAAUCAGGACAGGGCACAAAUACAGUCAUUGUUUGAAUGUCCCAGAAAGUGAUUUUCUUUAAUUUCUAUCUAUGCAUAGAUUGUUAUGCUGCUUAUGGAUGAACAUUGCAGAGAUAAGUAAAGAAAAUAUUUUAAUAAACUUAUAUCAAGGACAUUACAAAGAAAAUUAAGAUAUCUCUCGGCAGUAAUGGGUACCGUGACGUCAUAGCAUGGAGGUGAUGACAUGAACAAACAACAAGACGUCUCUGUGGUGAUGUUAUCAGUAGGAACCGCAGCUGUUAGCAUCAUCAGUAAAUAAGGGCAUGCUGUUUUAAAAUCAGUGAUUUUUCUUCGAUUAUUAAAAUCUUUGUUUUAGUUUUUAUCGUAAUUGGACAAUUUUUCAUCUUAAUGAAAAUCAAUGUCAUAUAUCUUUGAGGAUUUUACACCCAUCCAGAAAGAUGAAGUUUGUAUCAUGAGUAAAUGUUGAAUCAUUUAGUGGUUAACAUACACUUUUCCUUAAUUAUAUCAUGAGUAGAUUUUAUAUGAAGAACAAGAUGGUGUUUAACUUUUAUGAUAUCUGUGAUAAAGAACUGUAGUCCUUUUUAAAAAAAAUCUUGCAAUUAAGGGGAAAAAAAAUCAACUCUAAUGUCUCUGAUGUGAAAUAAAAAAAAAGAUUCAUUACAUAUCGUAUAAAGGCCUAUUAGAAAUAUAAAAUGUUUGGUGACAUACUAAAGCUUACAUACUCUUUAGAGAAUUGGAUUUUUUUCCUUUUCUAUAGUAGUAAGAUAUUUUGUGAAAAGGUGCUCUGAAAACAAUGUGCAAUGAGAUUUGGAGUACUGUACCAAACUGUACAAUACUUUUGAUUAUGUGAUGAGAUGAAAUUUCAAUAUACAUGUGUAUUU